AUGCAGUUCAAGUCCAUCAUCCUCUCUGCCCUCAUGGCCGGAGCUGCCAUGGCUGCUCCUGCUAGCAGCAACACCAAGACCGCUCCCGGCUCUGGCAGCCCAACUGCCCCAGACGCUCCAAGCGCUGCUGCCAGCUCCGGCCUUCCCGGCCUUCCCGGCCUUCCUGGUCUCCCUCCACCUGGCUCUGCCCCUGAGUGCGACAAGCUGCUCGGUGCUAUCGCUACCUGCGCCGCAAAGGGUGAAUUUGUCCAGAUCCUCAUCUGUGCCGGCACUAAUGCUCCAACGGUAUGUACUUCAUUCAUUCGUCUUGGAGAGGUAUUUCUAGUGCACGAUGCUGACUAUGCUGCUUCUUAUGAUAGGCCUGCAAGUGCUAUGAGGAAGUCAACAAGGGCCAAGUGA